CCAUCCCAUCCUUCUUCUUUCUUCGGCUUUGGGCAUCAUCUCUACCUUGGUCAUUGAAACAAAAAAUCACCGUCACCUUUCCGGUGGCUGAGUGCCAGAACGCACACCGCCAGCUUCUUCUUCCUUCGCGGUUUCCUCUUUAAUGCUCCCGCACUUUUUUGACUCCUCAGCUGUCGCUAUAUCUCCUGUCACCAAUCCAUCUCCAUUGUAGAACUACCGGACCAAGGUCGUGUUUUCCCGGACCAUAAAUUGAUGAUUCGAGUACCCAGUGUUCCAAUACCUGCAUCGUUUGGAUCUCUCCGGUCGGGAUCCUUAGCCGACCAUUACAAUUCCCAAAUUCCUACCCGCCUUUACUGUCUCCGGCAGCAAUCAAGGAAGACGAUGCUUGGUUACAGACGGUUCCUUACCUCGUUUUGUAAUAUCAGAAAUGGAAGCGGAAAGUUGUUACCAUUUUUGAGUUUUUCACAACAUCGAUUGAAUUCAACACUUACUGAGGAUCCCAAGCUUCACGACUUUUUGGAUUAUUUGGAGCAACUCAAAAAUUACGAGAGGAUUGGUGUGCCUAAAGACGCUGGAACGGAUUCUGACGAUGGGUUUGAUCUAGAUAGGAUGAGGAGAUUGCUACAAAGGCUUGGAAACCCUCACUCUCGUUUUAAGGUAACUGCGGCUAAUAUUAUUUAUGCAUUUUCAGCAAUCUCUCUAAUAUUUUGUAGCCCACAUCUUUUGACUAUUCGUGAACGCAUUUCUUUGGGAAGGAGUGGGGGCCCUGUUUCAGUGGAAUUAUUGAGAAAUCUUUUCUAUCACAUCAAGGGAAGUCUUGAUCUAUCUAUUGAGAUGGAAGGUGGAGCUCUAACACAUUUUGAGGUUUUCACUGCUUUGGCCUUUGCUUUAUUCUCACAACAGGGUAUUGAUGUUGCUGUUAUUGAAGCUGGCCUGGGAGGAGCAAGAGAUGCUACAAAUGUGUUAUGCAGUACUGGGUUGGCUGCGUCUGUGAUAACAUCAAUAGGUGAAGAACAUUUGUCUGCAUUGGGUGGCUCCUUGGAAAGUAUUGCAAUGGCGAAGUCUGGAAUCAUAAAGACAGGACGUCCAGUGGUAAUCGGCGGUCCAUUGCAGCCGCAUAUUGAGCAUAUCAUUAGGAGCAAGGCAUCUUCAUUGAACUCUCCGGUAUUGUCAGCAUGUGAUGCUGGAAUUAAGAGCAUUACAAGAUUCUUUGGAAGAGAGGCGGAAACUCCCUAUCAAUGUUGUGAAAUUCACAUCAACAUUCAGGAGGAUAUACCAUUGUUUCUUGACUUGCCUGAUGUAAAACUCCGAAUGCUUGGAAAGCAUCAGCUCCAAAAUGCCGUUACGGCUACUUGUGCUGCUCUCUGUCUUCGAAAUGAAGGGUGGAGGAUAUCAGAUGUGUCAAUUCAAGCUGGUUUAGAGAAAACAUUCUUACCUGGUAGGGGGCAGUAUUUAACGAAGAAAGAAGCUGAGACUUUGGGCUUGCCUGGGGUGUCCAUAGUUGUUGAUGGAGCUCAUACUGAAGCAUCUGCUAAGGGAUUGAUAGAAAUAAUAAAGAUGGAAAACCCAGAUGGACCUUUAGCUUUAGUGGUGUCAAUGGCAAGUGAUAAAGAUCACAUGGCAUUUGCAAUGCAGCUUCUUACAGGACGAACGCCAAAUGUCGUCAUUUUGACCGAGACGAGCAUCGCAGGCAGCAGAUUUCGCACGGUUUCUGCUUCAGAUUUAAAGGAAGUUUGGUUCAGAGCUGCAACCAAUCUUGGAAUCAAUGUUUUAGAUCUUGGAACAAUCAACCAAUGGAAAACUGAUGGUUUUCCUAAUGUGUUCUCAGGACAAAUGAAGACUAAUCAUUCACAAGUGUUGCUGAUAGCCCUCCCCAAUGCACUAGUUGGUGAUUCCAUGCAGGUAGCUGAUGAGCUCCUCAGGUACAGAACAGGUCAAAAAACCCACCUGAUAGCUGUUACUGGAUCUUUGCACAUAGUUUCUUCAGUAUUAUUAGCUGUUUCACAGAAUUAAUAGCUGUUGUUUGGUUUAUCAGAUUUUGUUUGGGACGGCUUUUGGACUGCUUUUUAAAGCAGUUUUGUAGUACACAAAAUUCUAGUUUAAAAUACUUUUUAUACUAAUAAUUUACUUUA